AGACUUGCCUGCGUACGUGUCUAGGAACAGAAAGCAACAAGCGGGCCACAGCACAGACUAGUUGAAAACGGUUACAGUUUGAAACAGUUUGACAGCGACUGUGCACAGUGGUGCAGAUUGCUGAGUGUAGCAGACUUUCGAGCGUUUAAUUUGAUUUGUGUAUUGUGUGAAGUUCGCAUCGCGUGUUGCAGCCAAAACCCGAUUAGGACACUUCCCAGCAGCCAGACGAACAGCAUUUUAUCGAGCACAAUGCAGCCCGUGCACAAAACUGCACACAGGAGCAAGUGGCUCCUGCUGCUGCUCUCCAUGCUGCUGAAUGCGGCCGUACAGCCGCGCGCCUUUGCCGUUAAGGCCACAGAGGAUAUUGGCAAUAUGUCGCCCUGUGAAAUGGAGUCCAUAAUAAAUCAACUGAUGAAUCCCAGUCCCGAGUAUCAGCUACACGCUUCCGCUUUGCGCAACCAGCUGAAGAAUUUGCUGCGUGAGCGGCAGCUGGCAGUGGGCGAGGAACAGCCACUGGGCGACUAUGCGGACUACUUGGAUGAGGACAAGCGCUCGGUGGCUGCAUUGGCCGCCCAGGGACUGCUGAAUGCGCCCAAGCGCAGUCUGGCCACGCUGGCCAAGAACGGACAGCUGCCCACAUCGGAGCCCGGCGACGACUAUGCGGAUGCCGAGUCUGGUGAGCCUAGUGAGCAGAAGCGCUACAUUGGCUCCCUGGCCCGAGCUGGCGGCCUCAUGAGCUUCGGCAAACGCAAUGUGGGCACACUGGCCCGCGACUUCCAGCUGCCCAAUGGCAAACGCAACAUCGCCACCAUGGCUCGACUGCAGAGUGCACCCGGCACCCAUCGGGACCAGCCCAAGCGCAACGUGGCCGCCGUGGCACGCUACAAUUCCCAGCAGCAUCAGAAUCAGCGCAACAGCGCCGAGAAACGGAAUCUGGGUGCACUUAAGUCGUCGCCGGUGCAUGGCAUGCAACAGAAGCGCGAGGAUGAAGAGAUGCUCCUGAUGCCCGCUGUCGCGGCCGCCGCUCCGGACUAUGCCGACUCCAUGCAGAACUACUGGUGGUAUCCCAGCUAUGCUGGCUACGCCGAUCUCGACUGGAAUGACUAUCGACGGGCCGAGAAGCGUUACUUGGACACCUCCAAGGAUCCCGAGUUAUUUGGCAUUGAGCACGGCAUUGAGGCAACUGAUGCCGGUGCUGCUGUCCUUGCUGAGGAGCUAGAGGAGGAGGAGCAACAGCAGCAGCAGGCAACCCCGCAGAAGCGUCAUAUCGGCGCCGUUUAUCGCUCCGGUUUUCUGCCCAGUUACCGUUAUUUGCGCAGCCCCACCGGCAACACCGUCGGCGGCUAUGGCGGUGCCGGCGGGCGCUUUAGUCGCUCGGGACGUGCCAGGCAAUUUGUCGGGUACUACCCCCAACACGAGCGACUGCGUCAACCAAUCGCAGCCGUUUGUAAACGUUGUUUCCUACCCAAUCGACCGAUGAUGAACUGGAGCGGAGCUGGCAUACGCGGUAGUCUGUCCAAAAUCUAUGCGGAUCCCAUCGAGGCGGCCAGGUCAUCGGCGGCAACAGCGGCGCGCAUGCGCAGCAUUUCCACCAAUUCGCUGCCGAGCGGACCAGCCAAAUCCAUUAGCCGACCCAUCUAUCCCCCCUUUCACUCUUGGGGCACUCCGCCGCGUAUUACAGCACUGCAUCGAGGCGUCUAUCGACGCAACGGUGAGUCCAUGGACAACUACGAAUACUAAAAUAUAUAUAUAUAUAUCGUGACAAUAUAAUCUAAAAUACAAGUAACUAAAACAGUAACAAUAACAAUAGCAUCGUAUACAGACUUUAUGAUAAUUGAGAACAUAUAUAAAACAGUUAUACAGUAUUUUCGAUGUAGUAGUUCUUAACACCGUCACAAACACACCUGCAGCACACGCAGCUACGCAGCGCAAAUGUAUCUGUAUCUUAAAAUUUGCCGUAGUUCGUUGCCACUCGAAUACGUAUCUGUAUAUCAAAAUAUACAUAAAUAUAUGUAUACAAUAUCGAAUAAACAAAUCUAUCUAUGAAUAAAUGAGGUAACUGAUGCCAGUGCAAAGCAAAGGAACGUUAAAUAUCAAAACUAAACCAUAUCGAAUUUUCAUUUAACUCAAGACAAACCAAAAUAGAAGGAAGUGAAAAAAAAAAACAAUAACAAAUUAGUGCCAAUGCCGUACCUUAGCAGGAA